AUGUCCGCUAAAGGAGGCAACGGCAAUGGCAAGAGGACAACUUCCCCGGCUGUAAACUUGAUAGCCGGUGGUGGUGCCGGAAUGAUGGAGGCACUCGUCUGCCAUCCGUUAGAUACCAUUAAAGUUCGAAUGCAGCUCUCGCGACGGGCCAGAGCCCCGGGUAUGAAACCCCGUGGCUUUAUCACCACCGGUGUCGAUAUUGUCAAGAAAGAAACCGCAUUGGGCCUGUAUAAGGGUCUGGGAGCUGUCCUAGGUGGUAUCAUCCCCAAGAUGGCCAUUCGGUUUACUUCCUAUGAACAAUACAAGCAGCUUCUUGCAGACGAGUCUGGAGCUGUCUCAAGCAAGGCGACUUUCCUAGCCGGUCUUGCUGCUGGUGUAACAGAAGCUGUGGCAGUGGUGAAUCCUAUGGAAGUCGUCAAAAUCCGUUUGCAAGCACAACAUCACAGUCUGGCAGAUCCACUUGAUACGCCCAAGUACCGCAGCGCCCCCCACGCCCUUUUCACUGUUAUCAGAGAAGAAGGUUUCAGCGCCCUGUACCGUGGUGUCUCUCUGACCGCACUCCGCCAAGGAACCAACCAGGCCGCCAAUUUCACCGCGUACACGGAAUUGAAGGGUCUGCUCCAGCGGCAUCAGCCUGAAUACAGUAACAGCCAGCUCCCGUCAUACCAGACGACUGUGAUCGGUUUGAUUUCCGGCGCCGUCGGUCCCUUCUCCAAUGCCCCUAUCGACACGAUCAAGACUAGACUGCAAAAGACACGCGCUGAGCCCGGUCAGUCGGCCGUCUCGCGUAUCUUGGUCAUCGCCAAGGAUAUGUUCAAGCAGGAAGGUGCACGCGCAUUCUAUAAAGGUAUCACGCCCCGUGUGAUGAGAGUGGCCCCCGGUCAGGCCGUCACCUUCACUGUGUACGAGUACUUGAAAGGGAAACUGGAGAGCUCCAAAUGGAGUUUCGUCGGAGGGACAUAUGAGGAGUAA